AUGUCAACCAGUGAAUCAGUUGGAAGCUCACGAGAAGGACCUGAAAUAAGUACCCAGGCGCUGACAACUCCGAUUUCCUCUGCAACUCAAUCUAGUCCUGAAGAAAACAUCUCGACAACCCUCGCUACGUCGAUCAUCACAGAAGAAACAUUCGGAACUGAAAAAACAGAAGGAGAGAAUGGAGAUUACGAAACAGAAAUAGAGACCAAAGGAGAAGCCCCUGAGGGAUUAGAAUAUGAGGAAGAAAUUGGCCUUAAAAACUUGACAGAUUAUUUUGAGUACUCGGAGGAAGGCUCCACCAUGAGGUGGGGAACGUCUGCAAGACCUGAAGUGACUCAUAGCUCCGACACUUCAACGCAAACAUCGAGAGAAACUACUCUGGGGAGCUGGAAGACUUCAUCAAGUCUAGAGGUGAUUCCUGAGAAUGUUGGAAUGAGAGGACAGACAACUCAAACAUCUAGAGCUACUUCUGAGUCGCUUCCAAGCUCAGAGAUAGUUUUGGAAGUCUCGAAGGCGACGUCAACUACUGCAGGUCUUCAGGAAACCUCAGAACCAUUUUUGACGGUUUCAGAAUUUGUGAGUGGUACUUCGGCAACUUCUGAGCUUUUUCAGAACUCUGAAACGACUCCAGGACCACUCACAAUCUUGGAAAGCAGUUCGGAAGCAUCUGGAACGAUUUUAGAAGUUUCAACAGCUUUUCUACCAACUUUCGAGGUCUUUCAAAGCUCUAGCACAACUUCAGAGACACUUUUACCUUGGGAAAGUACUUCGGAAGCCACUGCACUAGUUUUUCAAAUUUCAUCAAGUCCUCCAGUGGCUUCUGAGUUAUUUCAAAGUACGGAAACCGCUUAUGGUCGAAUUACAGAUCUCAAAAUGUCCGCUUCAGCUUCAGAGUCAACUCCUUCAACCCCUGGAGUAUCAACAUCUUCCUUUCCAUGGGAAACCCGAGGUCCAACCGAACAAUUGACCAGCAUCAUCACGGAGUACGAAUCAACUCCUUCCGGAAUAACCUUGGAAUACGAAGGAGGCACAUCGUUGACGCAAUCGACAACCGGAGGGUUGAUUUCAGGUACCAAGAACUUCGACUGGCCAGAAGUCUUUCCAGACCUUGAAGAGGGAUCAACCACUCCAGGAUUCGGAGAGAAACCGUUCAAAGUGUCGACAACCACCGAGUUCGUGCUGAAUGUCUCCAUGCCCAAGUUUUUGGAACGACCGGAAACCCCUUCUGAAGAUUAUCCCGACAAAAUUUCCAAGGCCAAGUCACAGACUCUAUUACCUCAGGAAUUAACCAUAGAAAAUCAACUUUCUUUGACAACAUCCUUCGAAAGACUUGAUACAUCUCCAGAGUUUUAUUCAGGAACAGAAGUUCUCUUGUCUUCAUUUUUUCCGGGCGUAAGUUCUAUGCCAUUGACGAAACCUGAGGUGGUCUUCCCCUCAGAAACUACACAGUUAAAACCUGAAGAAGAAACCGAAUCCACAGCUUCAUGGAGUUCUUCAACGGAAGAGAGUGCUGAAUCUUCUGAAGGAACAGCCAAGUCCGAAGACGUAGAAGAAGAAGAAGUGUCAUCAGGUUCUUCAGAGAGGACAAACGAAACUCCAGGUCAAUUAAUAGAAGACGAAGAGACUUUGAAGGAUGAAGAGAAUGAACAGUUGGAACGCCGUAAAAAGCUUAGGAAGAAAAUGAAAGAACUUGAAGAGAAACAGAAAGCUCUUCAAGAUCGAGAAGCCGAGUUCCGCCGUCGGCAGGAGGAAUGGGAGCGUGAGAAAUUAAAUCGUCAGCGAGAAAAAGCGCGUCUCGAAGAAGAGAAACGAAAAACGACGACGACAAUCAGAACUACCACCACCGAAAUUCCUACAACGACCAUUGACUACGCGAAAUUGGAGAAACUCGAAGAGAUGAAGCGGAAGCAAGAAGAGUUGAAUGACGAACUCGAGCGGAUGGAGAAGGAAAUUGUGGAAAAGGAAAAAGAACUUGAGGAGAUGGAGACAACUCUGGCGGAGGAAGAGAGAAAGUAUGAGCAGGAGAAGGAGGAGUUCGAGAAGAUGUGGAAUGAAGAGGAAGAGGUGGAGGAGCGGGAGAAAGAGCUUGCCGAGAAAAAGAAGGAGCUGAAAGACAAAGCGGAAGAGUUAGAGCAAAAAGAGGAAUCUUCAUCAACGGAGGAUGAGUUGGAAUCAACUAGUGAAAAGUCUUGGUCAAUGUCUGAAGAGUUCUCACCAUCGGAAAGAUUAUCAUCCCCCGAAGAUAAAUCCUUGACUUCUAGAAGAGCUUUGUCAACAGAAAUUCCUCCAACGGAGUCAACAUUGAGUUCUUCAUCCACUCCAAAAACGACAUCAGCUUCAUCAACACCUCUUCAGCUACCUGAAACGUCACUCCGCAGGGGUGAAGGUGAUGAUGAAUUGAAAGAGCCGUCAGACGAUUACGUCUUCGAUAAGAACGAAGAGGUAUGGAAGGAGCAACAGCCUUCUGACUCCGAUCGGAAGACAACUGAAGACUACGAAGAGGGAUGCUCAUCUCCGAAGGCAACAGUUGCUCCGAUCAGUCGAGCUCCUCAAGAGGAUGUUGAGGAGUCCAAGAAGGAGGGAAAACUCGAAGAGAGCAAAGUAGCGGAACUACCCGAGGAAUCAUCUACGAAGAAAGUUUGUCUUCACGUGUUGGACGCAGAUAGUCCCUCUGGAACAGUUGAUCCCGGUAGAUACGUCACUAAACUCAUGUGCCUGCCUAAUUUCCGGGGACUUCAUCACCGCUGGGGAAGAUCUAGAGACAACUCUCGACGGCGACGACUUAUGAACGCAGAGGAGACAUCAACAGUUCCAAUGAAUCGGAUUGAUCUCCAGAAAAGAUCGAAGGAUGUCGUUCAUGAGUUCAAGAUCAAACCCAUCGCUUCUCUUGAUCUUGUCCAUGGCGAAUGGCUGCAUAAUGACACUACGAUGCCUCUCCACACGCCCGUGGGUUUCACCAGGGUUUACGAGAGUUGGUCGAAAGUCCCUUUCCAACCUUUCACCUUCAUGGAGGACUUCACCAGGAAGGGAUAUCCAAUUCGGGAUGAAACUUUCAUGCGAAAGCAUUUCAAGCUCAACAAGUUUGAACAGAGAGUGCAGCCAACUCAGGUCAACAGGCUAGCAAAUGACGAGUGGAAAGAAAUCUCUGUUAGACCUCGCGUUGGAGGAACAACUGGAAUUGAUGAAGAAGGGGAACAAAGUGACGUUGAAAAUGAAGGCGAAAAUCGAGGAGAUGAUGACACCAGGGACCAGCGGAGAAGACGGGUCCGUGAAGACUCCGGACGUCCGACUGAAUUUCCCCCAGCGUACGAAGAGAAUUGUCUUCUUCAGCAACAUGGCCGUUGGAGAAGUGACUCCCCAGACCAUGAAGAUUCUGAGGACGAAGAGGAGGAUCGAAAUGAUGAAAAUCAAGUCUUUGUAGAACCGGAGACGGCACGCGAAAGUGACGACUUAGAUGAUGACGCGGAGAGUGAGAAGGAUGAGAGAACUAUUGCCCCUGAUAAUGACGAUCAUUCUGGUGAUGCCAGGAGUAAGGAUGAGCCCGUAAAUGCUGACGAGAGUCCCUCUGAUGGUGAAGAAAAACCGGAAAAUCAAGGAGAAUCUCCUCCGCAAAAUGAAAAAGAAUUAAAAGCUCAUGACAAAAAAAUCUCUGGUGACGCCCAAAACGAGGAAAUAUCGGAUAAGAAGAAUCAAGGUCAUUCCGACGAUUUCCGAGAUGAGGAAGGAAAUUCUGAAGCUAACCCACCAACUGUUCCGAAGAAUGAAGAAGAAUCAUCAUCCCUGACACCAUCAUCUUCUUCUAAAUCCUCUCAUCGACGCGAGACGACCCAGUCUCUCCUAGAGACCUCAACAGCUGAUUACGGAGAUAUUGAAUACGUCACGAGUGAAGAUAUCGAGUCGUUCGAGAGCUCCGACGAAGACGAUGAAGCGAUCCCCGAGAAUGGUUGGCAGGACUAUGAGAGCUCGGAUGAAAGCGAACGCGACCUCCAGAAGCGUGAGGGAAAGCUUCUGUCUUCUCUCAAGUCCCUGAUCCACACGAAGGAGUUGUUAAUGAAUAAAAAAAGAUCGCUAUUGCAACGGGAAGAUCUGCUGAAGCAGAAGAAGAAACUUCUCGAGCAGUCGAAAGCAGAUCUUGAGCAGCGAAAAGCGAAGCGGUCGAAGAGAAAGACGGGAAGGAAUAGCAAGCCGGUGACAUCAUGGCCAACAGAAGGCACUGGUAGGUAUCAUCUUGGUGGUCAUGACAAGUGGGACUCUGGGCUUCUUGAGGACGUCCCUCAGGACUUUAAGAAGGAGAAACAAGCGUUUACAGUUAAUGUUCUUCGAUUGGACUACGACGAGGAGGAGGAGAAUCACAAGUUGAAGUGUGAGGAGCCAGGAAAGGAGGAUCUUGUCGUUAACCAGGGCUUGGUGACCAGGAAAACUGAGGAGACGACCCUGAAAAGAACUUCAUGGAGUUCUGAAUCCACGACGAAGCAGUUCAAGCUCUAUUACGAUCCGAAUUCAGAAGCUGAGGUUGUCGCUGAUGAGAAGUCUUUGGAUGCGGCAGUAGACAAGGGAUUGGGAAAACGUGGAAAGGGAUCCGUGAAGACCACUAAGGCACGAAAUCCACCAGGCACAGAGUGGCCGACGGAGAAGACGAUGGAUUAUCAUGUAGGAGGGACAAAAUUUUGGGACAAAGAAGUCACUGGUAAUCCUAAUGGCCAGAGUUACAGACGGAGGAACAUCAGAGCGAUGGAUUAUAGUGAUGAUGCAGGGGAAGAGGAGGAGGAGGAAGAAGUUACUGAUGACUUCGGCACAACGUGCUACACAUUGCUUCUCAAAAAGGAAGAUGCUGCGGCGUUAACGCAAAAAAGAAGUGUUGAAGAGCAGAUACAAGAACCUGAAGAUGUCGAUGAUGACUAUGAUGAGGGGUUGAAGCUCAGAUUGAGGACUAUCAAAUCAAUAACUCAACUGACACGUGAAGAAUCUCCGAGCAGUAGUCAUGGACAAUUUCGGAGGUCAGAGAAUUUACCAAUCGUCGAUGAGUCAAUUUCUUCGGAGUCUAUAACUCAGGUCAAACAGCGGAAAAAUGAGAGACAAGAAAACCUGCCACAACAUCUACCAGAAACACCUGUUCAAGACCUGAAAAAUUUACCCUUGCUGAUCAGGAUGAACAGCUCCAAGAUCAUCAGAAUGGCUGGUCUUGAUCGUCCACCGAAGGAACUCUACGUCAUGUACAAAUGUGGACCACCGGAGAUAGUGGCUGUGUUCGAUCCUAAAUCAGAAAAUUCUAUGGAUAAUUUUCAAAAUCUCGGAACGCUGCCCACAGCUAUCGGUGCUAUGAAGGACUAUCAAAACAUCAAAGGUCAUUGUAAAGGAUCGGAACAUCCUGAAGCUUCUUCGACGAGUCCUAAAUACAAAACCAUCUUUCCAUUUAAUCCGAACCAAGUUUCCGAAGCUACUAUUGCUUCCAUUCAAGCUCAUAUCCACGGAGAGCUGAACACUUCCUCAAAUUUAUCGAAGAGAAGUUCCCGGAAGAAGAAGAGGAGAAGAAAGGGAAAAAGAAAGGGUCACAAACGACGAAGGAAGCCUCACAGACAUCGGAAGAGAAGAAUACUCAGUGUAACUGAAGAACUCAUCCCCGAGAUUCCAAACUCUAGCUAUCUCUUCACCAUUGCUCAUCGGGAAGAGCCCCACGAGGGGAUCGGAAGGUCUUUAUUGGCCCUGAAGUCCUCAAAAAGGAAAGCCAAAUUCUUGAAACAUAACAAGAAACCUCGACCGACUGGAAAACCGAAGAAGAAAUCCAAGAGGCGAGAAGCCAAGAAAGUCCACAAACGAGAGACGACUUCGAAGAUUAUCUCCAAAACCCCGGGACACUCUGGAAGCACUCCUCAAUUGAUGAACCGAGUCUUCAGUAUCAUCAGAACCCCGAAGGAAACUUCUCAACAUCGAAAUCAAAAAUCUCCUAGAAGUAUCAUCGACACGAUGAAGCAGGUCAUCAACAACGUUAUCGGCCACAACUCGACGACUCCUGAGCCUCAAGUCAACAUCAACCCAGACGAUGAGGACGUAGAAGGUGGUUACACUGAGAUUGUCCAUCAGUCCGCGGGAAAGUUCAUGCCGAAGGAUGAUUUCUCGUCUGAUCGUGAUGAAGAUGAGAGGCACCACAGGAAGAAAACUCAUCACCAUCAUCAUCCUUCUCAUCAUCUCCAUCAUCAUCGUCAACAUCAUAAUCAUCAUCAUGACCACAAGACAAAUCACCUUAAAAAAAAUCAUUCAAAAUAUCAUCAUCACGAAAAGCCUUCAAGGGAGACUCGUGUUCGAUUGUCAAGACCAAAAAUGGCGCCAACUCCGCUCGUCAAACAUAACCUAUCGCCCUUGACGAUCUCUCAGGGUGAACAAAAGUCUCUGAACAUCAGCAGUAUAAUUCCUACGGUGAAGAAUUUGGUGGAGAAUCAAAAUCUUGGAAGUCUCGAGAAGAUCAUUGUUUAUGUUGAUAAAACGGAGGGUUUCAAGAAGAAGAAACGCACUGCUGGUAGAUUUCCCGCCAAAAUCACGUCCAAAUUUCAUGAUGAAGAGAAGAAAGAAGGGAAGAGGUCGAAGGCGGUGGAUAAGAAUCCCAACGAAGUUUAUUUCGACGGUGCGAGUCUAGACGACAUGAUAUCUCACGUGGCUGAUAAAAUCAUAACCUCCGUCUCUGGAUCAUCUCUUCAUGAACUAGAUCCUCAUCUCAACGUUAAAGUAAUUCAGGAAGUGCCCAGUGGCUCUGGAAGUCCUCAUGAAGAGACGAAAUCCGAAUUUUCGAUUGACUUGACAGAUGUUAAUCUCGGAAAAAGCAAGAAAUCUCUGAAAAAGGAUAUCUCGAGGUCAAGUAAGAUUUCUUCUUCAACUCGGUUGACGUCUGGAUCUGGCAAACGGAAGAUGAAUUUAAAAGAGGCUCCGGGGAAGAAGAGAAAUCUGUGGAAGAGUAAAAUUAAGAGGGAGAAUAUUGUUGAGGUGAUCAGGAAGAAACUCGAGGGAGUGUUGAAGAAGAAAUUGAGUAGAACGAGAAGGAAAGCAGCGGCGCAGAGUCUCGAGGAUUCGGAGCAACCGCUGCCCCAUCAUCUGGAUGACUUGGACGAGAAAAUUCGAAUUCUUUAUGCUAUGCAUCAUGGGAAAGAGGAGAAGGAAGGGGAAGAUAAGAAGAAAAAGAAAAGAGGACAGAAAAAUCGCAAACGGUCGAAGAGGGAAGACGACUGGCGGCUGGAUUAUCUCGAGUCCAAUAUCUUCGCUACUGAAAAUGACAAAAAGUCAUUGAAGGGGCUGAUAGAACAGAUCAUGGAUCUCCAGAAGAACGUCAACACGACCUUGCAGAUCAUCAGACGGAGGUUAGACGAGUCCUCUAACAUUCUCGCACGUAAUCUGACUCACGGAAUGGUCACCGACUCGUCUUCAUCAACCACAAUCCAGGAACGAUCCAUUCCGACCAAAAAAACAGACAAACAAAAACUGAAAAAAACUGAAAAGAAGAAAACUGACAAGACAAAAUCGAAGAAGAAACCGACCCCCAAACCUUCGAAGAAAAUAACCAAACCAGAGAAGAAGAAAUCCCAAAAACCGAAGACUAAAGAUUCAAAAAAAAAACCUGAAACAAAUUACGGUGACGAACAGGUGGACAAAAUUGGUAACGAAAUACAAGAAAUUUUGAAGGAAGAGGGAGACGGAAAAAUUGCAGAAUUCAUCUCGGGACGAUGA